AAGUCAUUAGAGCCAAGGAAGUCAAUGGGAGAGGUGGUGACCGUUCCCAUGGCCGUUAACUCGAUCAACCGCAUGCCUUCUGGCCGGAGGAUAGAUGGACGCCUCAAGGCCCGAGAGAUGGUGAGACCUGGGCCUCGGCUUGCUCAGGUGAGGGAUGGAGCUCGGUCGGGCCAGACUCUCAGCAACUUGAGAGCAAAGAUCUGAACCUGGUCUGGUAGUCAGGAAACCCGGCUUUCAGCCUGGGUCCACGGUGUGAGCCGGGGAAGUGACCAUGAGGAAUAGUUGUCCUUCACCGAGCAGGUGUCAUCUGGGAGACAAACUGGAUCAACAAAAUUCACAAAUGGAAAAAAAGGGAUUCAUAUGAGAAAAAUAGCCCGGGCUGAUACAGAUUCUGGUUAUUCACUCCAUUCGACUGAUUCUGAUGAGCAGGUUGGAACAGUACCCCAGGGGCUUGAACGCUGCUCAUCUUUACUCCAGGAAAUUUUGCAAAAUGGAGAGGCAAUCUGUGGGAAUCCAGGAAAAGGAUCUUCUGGGAAGCUUGGAUCCAGACCUUUGGAAAACAAAGGAAAUAAACUAAAAAAGAAAGGACACCUCAAAAAUGCCGUUCCUCCAUGUGUCCGUAAAGAAAUCUUGUCUUCAGGUCCUAAGAAACACCCACCUAAUAGAGUUUCUAUUGAAAAUGAAAAAAAUCCUUCCCGCACAAAAGAGAUUCAGCCAGCCCAGGUACCUUCCAACUUAGACUUUUCCGCGAUGUACAAAACCUUCUAUGAGCAUGUGCAGACGCAGAUGUCUCUGAUCAAUGCCCAAAGUUCUCACAGCAUUUCUGAUUCUGGUCCUCCAGGCUUUAUUCAUGGCAUAUCCUCCACACCAAUUCUCUCUUCUCCUGAUCCAACUCCACCUUCUGAAGUUCAAUCUGAGGUUCAGGUUCCCCCACAAAGUGGAGCAGUUUCUGUAACCACUACUAAUGUUCCAGUGCAAACCAUCACCACUAAUCCUUCUCAUGUAUCUUAUCUGCCAGCAGCUAGGGAAAAUAACCCAGCUCUUCCAGUAGUGCAGCCAUUAAUCCAUGAUAAUGGAAUUCUAGCAGCACAAGGAAUCUCUGAGCAACUGGGUAAGGAAAUAAAUUUGCUAAAGUGUAUCCAGGCAUAUCUGGAUCAGUUACAUCCUCAUCAAAUAAAAGCACAUGAGGAACACCAAAACCUUGACCCUAGAGAGCAACCUACAGGUGUAACCACUGAAGAAGACUUUGCAGAACAUAUUUGGGAAUCUUUAAGUGAUGAUGAGGAUUUCAAAAUGGUUGAAGUAGCAGCCAUGCAAGACCUAAGCUCUGUCAAGAACAUGCAGAAAGCAAAAAGUAUGAGUCUAGAAGAAGCAUCACCAAAACUGAGAAUGCUUAAGUACUUGUUGGGAGAACUCAAGGCACUGGUAGCAGAACAAGGGGAUUCUGAAAUUCAAAGAUUGAUUAAAGAAGUGGGAGAGUGCAUAUCCCUGUUCCCAGACAUAACCGAAAACACUCACAUGGAAAGUGAAAUAGCUUUAACUUUGCAGACCCUAAGGCAUGAAAAUACUCAGUUACACAGAAAAUUGAAAUCUUUAAGCCACCAACUCAGAGAACAAGAAAAGAUAAUGAAGUCAUCCAAUUGCCUAGACUGCAACUUUGAAUUAAUUUCUAUUCAGUCACUGAAUAUGUCCCUGCAAACCCAGUUGAAGGAGUCAUUAAGGAAUCAGAAGCUAAUGAAGACUAAGAAUGACAAGCUCUUAAAAGUGAUUGAAAGCCAGAAAGAAGAGUACAAAAAGUGUGUCAAACUGUUUCAAGAGCAAGAUAAAAAAGUCCUUGAAAAUAAGCAGCACUUUGAGAUGGAGACCACAAAAAUUAAAAUGGAAUUGGAGGAAGCCUUAGCCAGUGUGAAAACCUACCAUUUUAAACUGGAAACAUCUAGAAAAGAAAAUAAAAUCUUGGAGUUAACAGUACAUCAGCGUGAUGCUGAAAUCACCCGGCUAAAAGAACUAACCAGAACUUUGCAGAACAACAUGACACAAUUCCUCACAGACUUCAGUGUGGACAAUGCUUGUUAUAAGCCUGAGAAAAUGCUUACCGGAUCCCUUCUAGACAUUCAUGAAGAACACCUACAGUCUGAACCAUCCCCACCUCCACUUUCCAUGAAUUACCUUAAAAGUUUAGAAAACAACCAAAUUUAUACUCAAACAGAAUCACCAUUUUUAAAAGAAGAUGGAAAAGGGAGAGUGCCAGCUAUGUCUUAUGAAAAUUUCCUAAACCCUGAAGUCUGUAAACAUAAACUCCUGGGUUUAGAUCAUGAAUUAGGGACUCUACCUUAUCAUCCAAAAGUCAUUUCAGAAACAGGGAGUGAGACUGACACAAUAAUAGAUGAUGAAUCCAGACUGAAUGAUGAGACAAUUUAUCUUCCAUUUGCUGUAAGCUCCUCUAAAAAGAAAUCCACUCCUGAAAGAGUAAGUCCAUUGCCACAGAACAAUGUUGCUAACUCUAAACUAUCUAGCAACAAUGGAAUCCCUACUUCUGAAAAGUCCAUCUCUUUAUUUGCAUCCUCAGAAGAUGCAAAGGCUGGUUUUGAAAUGUUUCCUGGUACUUCCACUCUGAAAAGGGAAACAGAAGUUAUAUCUGAAAAGAUGAGGGCAGUUAAUGUAGAAGAUGAGCAACUGCUGAUGAAAAUAAAGGAGGUAAUCAGUAAGAUCCCCACUGACUUUGGGGAUAAUGUUUCAGGUCAGCAGAGUGCCAUGACAUAUCAAGAUUCUAGUUCUCUGUUGAAAAACAGUACUCUCUGUGAUUACAGCUUUUUAAAUACUGAUUUAAUGUCAAGAAUGUCUAACUGGAGUGUGUCUUCCCUCUCAUCGUUCACCUCACAUGAUGAACAGGACUUCAGAAAUGGCCUUGCAGCAUUGGAUGCCAAUAUAACUAGGCUACAAAAAACUUUACAGACUGGUCUACUGAAGAAAUGAAUCUAAAAGGAAACAAAACUGAGUGUGUCCAUUUUUCAUUUGUUAUUUUGAUACUUUGUGCUCUGUUUAUGUAGUGUCUUUAUAAUGAGUGUUUUAUAUUAGUUUAAAUUAUGGGUGGAAUUAAUUUAUCAAUGGAAUAAACUAAAAUUUUUAUUGCAUUAAUUUGACACUGAAAUUUAUGAAAUCUAGUAAUCUUAAAGAAUUAAUAUUUAAGGGAACAAGUAUCCUGAUUAGGAGAGAUUUGUAAAUUGUGUCCAUCAUUUAGCUGUUUCAUUAUUAAAUUCAAAUUUACCUUGUGAUUUGGAUACAGGAAAAAAUUGAAAAAAUUCCAUUGAACUUGAUACAUAUGUCAUUGGUAACCGUUAAGAAUACAUUUUCUGUCAUGAUGGAGGUGGCAGCCAGAUUUUGUAGAAUUAAGGAAAGUUUGAGCUUAUGAGGAAAUGGUAGUAGGUCUUUAUAUUUGACAGAGAAAUGGAAAUGAGACUGUCCAUCUGAGAUAUUUGAUGAUGAUUCUUCAAUUGUUCAGAGGUUUGAUGCUACAUAUGUAAAAUGAUUUGUCUUGUUAAGAGUGUGACAGUUUUGGACUACUUCUCCUAAAUUUCCAGUGUUUAAAGGUACAAACUGACCAACCCUCCCUCAUUAAUAUAGGAUGAAUAGACACAGAGCCACUUAUCUUACCACUGUGUGAGAAAAUAGCUUAAAAGGAAGAACUCAAUUGACUAGGGUUCAAGUAAUGUAGUAUGGAAUUGAAAUUGGGCUAAAGGUUACCAAAGGAAACCUAACAGUUGUGAUGGAAGGGAAGAGAAAGGGGUAUCUAAAGUAAGGUGAGGAAGAAAGUACUACGUAAAAUCCUAGAGAUGAUGGACUAUCACUGUACUAUGUCUCCUCUCCCAUUCAUGACUAUCAAAUUGGGUGAGCAGUCCUACUCUGGUUCUGUAGCCUAAGAAAGAAGGGAAGAUAUAAAAUGUAGAGUUCAGUUAUCCAAAGGACAGCUGAGCAACAUAGACUACUAGAAUGGGAGAGAUGAUUGCAAACAAUUGCUGAGGAAGGUCAUAACUGAAGAGCAGAAUGAAUAUUCCACAGUGGAAUAUAUAUUUAGUUGAAGAGUGGAAAAGAGAGGCUUAGGUGGGCAGAAUAAAAGGGAAACGUGAUGAGACAAGAGACCACCAGGAAGAAGAAAAAAAUAAGCAGUACCAACCCUAGAUCAAACUGAAGAAAAUAGUCAUUUGAGUGUUCCCACCUCUUCUUUACAUCAUCACUGCCCAUCCACCAUGACACAUCUACAGAUGCAUACUGUUUUUCAAUAAUCUUCCUUUUUAUGAGGUUUCCCUUACAGAGAUAUUAUUUGGUUAAGAUCUUAUUAAAAUAAUUUCAUGUAGAAUAUAAAUAAUUGCUAUGGAUUCUAGGUUUUCAAAGUCCUUUUCACUGUCAUAUUUGAUUACUUUUUUUUUUUAACCCUCACUUUCUGUCUUAGAAUCAGUUCUAAGAAAAGCAGCAAAGGCUAAGCAGUUGGGGUUAUAUUACUUGCCCAAGAUCAUGCAGCUAGAAAGUGUCUAAGGCUACAUGUGAGCUCAGGUCUUCCCAACUCCAGGCCUGGCCCUUUGUCCACCGUGCUACCUAUUUGCCCCUAAUUUGAUUAGAUUUUUUAAGCCCUUACCAUCCAGAAUCAAUACCAUGUAUUGGUUCCAAGGGAGAAGAGUGACUACAAGAGUGACAGAGUGACCUUGUCACUCUGGCAACUGAAUUUAAGUGAUUUGUCCAGGGUUACACAGCUAGGAAGUGUCGGAGAUCAGAUUUGAAUUGUAGGAAUUAAAUUUUAAUGGUUUGACUAAAACAUGAAAAUUAUAAAUAUGGUCACCAAUUAAAGUAUUAUUGCUGAAAAUCAAAUUGACUUUUAAUAACUUUUUACAAAAGAGGUGGAAAGAAUGAAAGUAGAGAAAUACAGAAAGUUAGAGAAGACAUUUAGCCUAUCUUAAAUAUAUUAUUACUCUGGUGCUCUACUCAGCCAGGACUUGUUGACCUUCAGCUGCGAUUAAACUCUCCAGAAGACAGGAAAGGAAAGCCAGCCAUUCACUCACCCAAGUUCCCUCCAAGAGGUAGACCAAGACUAUGACUCAAGCUGAAGAUGACUCUUGAAGCCCAUUCCCUUUUUGGACUUCCCUUCUUCACAGGGGCCAAUCACAGCUUUCAAAUUGUCUAGCACUGCCCAUGGGGCAGUGUUUGUGGGAACCAUUUCUCACCUGGAGAGUUGAAUACUCAUCAAAAGGGUUCACAGAUUCCUGGCUAAUUGAGUUGAAAGUGUAGAGAGCUCCUCCACCUUGUGCUAAGUAGGAUGUUCAAGCUUUUGUUGAUUGGAGAGUAGCCAAAGGAGAGUUAAUACUGUCCAGUCUGGCAAGGUACUAAGUAGGGGGUACUUAAGUUAUUAUUAACCAAAGUGUUAACUCCAAUUAGGCAAAGAGAAUAAAGGGUUCUCUUUUUACAAGUGUAAACUCAAACUAGACCAAGAACCAAGAAAUUUCCUUUCACAGAAUCCAGGACCUCUCAUCUCUGGGUCCUGCUCUUAAUGAGCCACCUAGCUGCCCCCUUGAUUAGAUUUGAGUGGCAUAGUCUCUUAACGGAAAUCCAUGAAUAGUGGCAUUUCAGAUAUCAUGAGUACAUGGAAGGAUGGAUUUUCCUUGCAUUCCUUAAGUCACAUAAGAUUUACAGCAUUUUGAUAGGCAUACAGUUGAGCCUGGGGGAUAUUGGGGGUGAAGAGAAGAGGACAUGAAGGUUGGCCCAUCAAUACAGUAGAAUUUGGGAGUCCCUGAUUUAAGGUAGUUGAUCAUGCCUACAGGGAACAUUAAUGCGUUUUGACUAUUAGGUACAACCAACAGAGCUGGUUGCUUUAGUCAGGAUAUGUAGUCUGAACUCCCCCUGCUGGUUAGAUUGCAGUACAUUGUGAUCUAUCCACAAAGUGGGAUACUGUAUAAUCCAUAUAAAAAUGCAUUUUUUGGACUGAUUACCAGGUUUGUAUAUUAGGUUAUCUUGUUCCUCACCCUUAAGGCCUUAUACAUUCCUUCUCUUCCUAUUACCACAGUAUUGGUCUUUACUGUCACUGACUAUUGGAAUAUUGGAAUAGAUUUCCUAACAGAUCUAUGCAUCACUUUAUUUUGAAACUCAUGCCCUAGGAGUGAGUGCACAUGUAGCUAGACUGUUAUAUCUAAGUGCCUCAAAUGCUUCAUAUUCUAUCUAGCUAUCCCCACCUUGCCGUAUGCCCGGCUGCCAUGUUCAUACCCCCUUUCUGCCUCAUGCUCUAGGCAGAGAAAAUUAAGUUAAAAUUAUCUCUGUGGUUCCCCAGAGCAAAACUCCCUUCUCUGGCCACCACUCCCCAAAUAUGUUGUCUCCCCCAUUAGAAAGUAAGUUCCUUGCCAAAUCAAUUGUACAAAAAAAGCCAUUCCCCAAUUGAUAAAUGGGCAAGGAACAUGAAUAGGCAAUUUUCAGAUAAAGAAAUCAAAACUAUUAAUAAGCACAUGAAGAAGUGUUCUACAUCUCUUAUAAUCAGAGAGAUGCAAAUCAAAACAACUCUGAGGUAUCACCUCACACCUAGCAGAUUGGCUAACAUGACAGCUAUGGAAAGUAAUGAAUGCUGGAGGGGAUGUGGCAAAGUAGGGAAAUUUAAUGCAUUGCUGGUGGAGUUGUGAAUUGAUCCAGUCAGUCUGGAAGGCGAUUUGGAACUAUGCCCAAAGGGUAAUAAAAGACUGUCUGCCCUUUGAUCCAGCCAUAGCACUGCUGGGUUUGUACCCCAAAGAGAUCAUAAAGAAAAAGACUUGUACAAGAAUAUUCAUAGAUGCACUCUUUGUGGUGGCCAAAAAUUGGAAAAUAUGGGGAUGCCCUUCAAUUGGGGAAUGGCUGAACAAAUUGUGGUAUAUGUUGGUGAUGGAAUACUUUGUGCUCAAAGGAAUAAUGAAGUGGAGGAAUUCCAUGGAGACUGGAACAACCUCCAGGAAGUGAUGCAGAGCGAAAGGAGCAGAACCAGGAGAACAUUGUACACAGAGACUGAUACACUGUGGUACAAUCGAAUGUAAUGGACUUCUCUACUAGCAGCAAUGAUCCAGGAUAAUUCUGAGGGAUCUACAAGAAAGAACACCAUCCACAUUCAGAGGAAAACCUCUGGGAGUAGAAACACAGAAGAAAAACAACUGCUUGAUUACAUGGGUCAAGGGGACAUGGUUGGGGAUGUAGACUCCAAAUGAUCACCCUGGUGCAGAUAUCAAUAAUAUGGAAACAGGUCUUGAUCAAUGACACAUGUAAAACCCAGUGGAAUUGCACUUCAAAUACAGAAGGGAGUUGGAGGGAGGGGAGGGAAAGAACAUGAGUCUUGUAACCAUGGAAAAAUAUUCUAAAAUCAACUAAUUAAAUAAAAUUUAAUAAAAGUAUGUUCCUUGAAGGCAGG